AUGAGUUUUGAUUUAGUACAACCUAUCAGAGCAAACAUUGCAAUUCUGAAAUACUUGGGACUUUGGCGUUUCGAUAACAAAUGGGACCCAAUUUAUCGCCUCUAUUCGUUUGUUUUACAUUUUUGUUUUACAAUUUUAACAACUGCUUCAAUGUGGGCAAGUGUUUUUACUUCUAAUGAAUUUGAAACAAUUACAGAAUCUCUCCACAUGGCUCUCACCGAGGCCGUAUUCUUACCGAAAAUUAUAAACAUGCUUAGAUUGAGCAAUGAGUCUGUGCAUUUUUUGACACUCUUUGACACUGACGAAUUCAACUUAAAGAAUUCAGAAGAAUUGAAUCUUUUCAAAAGUGCUCAUGGUAUUUUCUACAGAGUUGUCAAAUGUUAUUGUUCUUCUGCUGUGGGUGUUUAUGCAGCUUGUUUCACAGUGGUAGCAAUUGGUAAGAAUUUUGUUUUACCAUAUCCUGCAUGGAUGCCCUUCGAUUUGCAUUCAAAAUUCUAUUGGUACGCAUAUUUUUUUCAACUUAUCGGAUUGACUGUGACAACUUUGUCACAUGUUAGCAUUGAUGUGCUACAGUUAUUUCUAUUGCGACAUAUUUCGUUAAUUUAUCACGUUAUUGGGAUGCGUUUUGCAAAAAUUGGAUUUGAUUUGGACAACAAUUUGACAAAUCCUAGUGAGAUUCAUAAAUCAGUUAUGAAGGAUAUGAGGGAAAUUGUUAAAAUUCAUCGUUUUGUCAAAAAGGUAACAAACAAAUGUGAGAAUUUUAUGUCAUUUCCGUUUUUUAUGCAAGUUCUUUUGAGUGCACUUGUACUUUGUUUCUCAGGAUAUCAGACAAGCAGUAUAUCACCUCGAGAAAAUCCCGGACAAUUUCUUGCAAUGGGUGACUUUCUUGUGGUAAUUGGAAUUCAAAUGUUUUUACCUUGUUACUAUGGAAAUCAAGUUACUGUUGAAUCUGGGAAGAUAAGUGAAGCUCUGUACAAUUCAAAUUGGAUAGUUUUGCCGGAAACAUCUAAGAAAGUUAUUUUCUUGUAUAUGGAGUUUCUGAAGGAACCUGUAAGUGUUAAAGCUGGGAAAUUUUUUGAUAUUGGAUUGCCGGUGUUUGGAAAGACUAUAAACAAUGCUUACAGCUACUUUGCUUUACUUCUCCAAAUGAACAAUUAAUGAUGACAAACAGUCCAUUUUAUUAAUAGAUAUUACUCUCACAGGAAAAAUCUUUAUGAAAACACUUUUAUGAUUAAUAAAAAAAAGUACUAAUGCACGGAGAAAA